GUUCUUUUCCAGCUCCCCCCUCCCAGUUGGACCCUCCCGGACCCCGACUUGAGACCCCCCUCGUGGGGGGGGGGGUUGGGGGGUCUCCAAACGCCCCCGAACCCCCCUGAGCCCCCCCAAAAAUGAACUAAAACUCUUUCCCCCCUGAAAAAAAAACCCAAGCCCUUGAAUGGCCCCCCCCUCCCCUCCCCCCCAGGGCAGAGACCACCCCAAAUCUGGGGGGGGGACCCCGAAAUGGGGGACUCGGAGCAGGGGCUGAUUUGGGGGGGCACCAACGGGGUGGGGGGGGGUCUUGGUGGGGGUGAAGACCCCGGGACCCCCCCAAAAGGGGCUUCAGAAGAGGAGGAGGAAGAAGAAGAGGAGCUGGACCCCCGGAUCCAGGAGGAGCUCGAGCACCUGAACGAGGCCAACGCUGACAUCAACCGGGGGGAGCUGGAGCUGGACGCCGCCCGCUCCGCCUACCGCCGGAUCCUGUCCGAGUCCGCCCGGAAGCUGAAUUCCCAAGGCUCCCAGCUCGGGAAUUGCAUCGAGAGGGCCCGGCCCUACUACGAGGCCCGCCGGAGAGCCAAGGAGGCGCAGCAGGAGACGCAGCGGGCGGCCCUGCGGUACGAGCGCGCGGUGGGGAUGCACAACGCGGCGCGGGAGAUGGUCUUCGUGGCAGAGCAGGGCGUGGCCGCCGGCAAGAACCGCCUGGACCCCACCUGGCAGGAGAUGCUCAACCACGCCACGCGCAAGGUGAACGAGGCGGAGGAGGAGCGGGUGCGGAGCGAGCGGGAGCACCAGCGGGUGACGCGGCUGUGCCAGGAGGCCGAGGCCGAGGUCCAGGCGCUCCAGAAGUCCCUGAAACGCGUCAUCCUGCGCAGCAAACCCUACUUCGAGCUCAAGGCCCAGUUCAACCAGAUCCUCGAGGAGCACAAGUCCAAGGUGACGGCCCUGGAGAGCCGCGUCUCCCAGGCCAAGACCCGCUACUCGGUGGCCCUGCGGAACCUGGAGCAGAUCAGCGAGCAGAUCCACGCCCGGCGGCUCCAGAGGCUCCUGCAGCGCCGGGAAUCCCCGGUGGGAGCCGAGAGCAGCCCCCGGCACUCCAGCCCGGAGUCGCGGGGGGCGGAUCUGGGGGCGGAGUGUCCGGCCGGAGACUCCCUGUCCGUGCUCAGCCUCCAGACCGUCGCCUCCGACCUGCAGAAGUUCGACUCCGUGGAACACUUGGUGGGGAUCUCGGACGCCGCCAGCCUGGGCAGCGACGAGCCGGGGGAGCGGGAGCGGCGCCGGAGCCUCCGGCACCACCGGAGCGUCAGCCUCUGACCCCGAAUUCCCGGGAAGCCCCCGCCCCGAACACGCUCGAAAGGCGCCGGGAAUUCCGCCGAGUUUCUCAGAGUCGUCCCAAAGCCCCCCCCGGAAAUUCCCCAAAUCCCACAGAAACCCUCCCCGAGUUCGCCCCGAAAUCCCGCAGAAUCCACCCCAAACCCCCCCGAAAUCCCCGCAAAUUCACCCAAAACUCGUCCAGAAUCCCACAAAAAAAUUCUCCCCGAAUUCACCCGAAAUCCCGCAAAAAUCCAGCCAAAGUUCCCCCCCCCAAAUCCACCUGAAAUCUCACCAAAAUCCUCCCCAAAUUCCACCAAAAUCCACCCAAAUCUACCCCGAAAUCUCCCCCAAAUUCUGCCACAAAAAUCCACCUAAAAUUCCCCCCGAAUCCACCUCGAGUUCACCCAAAAUUCCUCCCCAAUCCACCCAAAAUUCCCACAAAAUUCACCCCAAAUCCCACAAAAAUCCACAUAAAAUUCCCCCCAAAGCCACCCCAAAAUUCCCCAAAUCUGCACAGGAUCCAGCAAAAGUUCCCCAAAAUUCCCCCCAAAAUCCACCCAAAUUUUCCCCCAAACUCUGCCAAAAUUCCCCCAAAAUUCUCCAAACUUCCACAAAAAAAUUCCAGCAAAAUUUCCCCAAAAAUCCCACAAAAAUCCACCCAAAAUCUUCCAGAAUUCCCCCAAAUCCACACAAAAUGCACCAAAAAACCAGCAGCGAUCCCAGGGAAUCCCACCAAACCCUGGGAUUGUUGGGUGGUGCCGUCGUGUCCCGUGGAAUUCCUGGAUGAGGCUUGGAAGAGCCUCUUGGAUGGUGCCUGGAUUUGGGAUCUGGGGGGGGACCUUCUGGAAUUUGGGGGGUUUGGGGGAUAAAUUCCUGAAAUUUCGGGGCAUUUGGGGUUAAACUCUUGGAAUUUGGAGGAUUUUAGGGUUAAAUCCCGGGAAUUGGGGGGGGGGGGUUUAAAUCCCUGGAAUUUUGGGGGGGUUGGGGAUAAACCCUUGAAAUUUGGGUGCUUUUGGGAUUCACAUCCUGAAACUUUUGGGGAUUUGGGGGAUUUUCCCAAAAUUGGGGAGUUCUGGGGUCAUAUCCCUGGAAUUUGGGAAGUUUGGGGGCUUAAAGUCUUGGAAUUUGUGGGUGUUUGGGAUAAAUCCCUGAAAUUUGGGGGUUUAUCCCCAAAAUUUGGGAAGCUUUGGGGUUAAAAUCCUGGAAUUUGGGAGUUUUGGGGAAUUUGGAAUUUGAGGGGGGAAGGGGUGGAAUAAAUCUCUGGACUUUGAUGGAUUUUGGGAUUCACCCCAAAAAUUGGAUGGGUGAACUGGGGGAGGGGGGAGGCGGAUCCAAAUCCCACAGAAUUCCAUAUUCCCAUCACUGGGAUGAGCUGGGAACACCCUGAGUGGGGGGAGGGACCCUCCUUUAACCCCAUUCCUGUGGAAUUCCAGCUUUUCCGGGGAGAAAUCCCCCCUUUUCCCAGCAGAAGCUGCGUCAGGAGCCGAAUUGCACUAAAGGGGGGGUUGGGAAUUUUUGGGAUGCGGGGGGGGCUGUGAUGAGAAUUCCCGGGUUCGAGGCAGCCCCGGGGGUCCCUCCAGGGACUUGAUCCCAAAAAAAAAACCCCACCCACCCCCCUGGGAUGAGAUUCCGGCACCUGGGAACGAGGAGGGGCCGGAAAAACCGGCCCCGAAUAUUCUUAAUAUCAAUAAAAAUGGUUAUUGUUGUAA